CCAACCCACCCACAAAAUACCCGUACUACAGCCAAUUCUGCACAUUUGUUUUGGAUCUUCAUAGCCCAGAUCUUAAAAUUUGUCUGGGUUUCACCGUUUGUAACUUUGUGCGCCAUUCUGAAAUCUUUAGAGGAUAGAUAAUGACGACCCAAACAAGAAUUGGCCUUGCUGGUCUUGCUGUGAUGGGCCAAAAUCUGGCCCUUAACAUUGCAGAGAAAGGAUUCCCUAUUUCUAUUUACAACCGAACCACUUCAAAAGUUGAUGAGACUGUAGAAAGAGCUAAAUUGGAAGGCAACCUUCCAGUGUAUGGCUUCCAUGACCCUGAGUCCUUCGUUCAAUCAAUCCAAAAACCGCGUGUCAUAAUUAUGCUUGUUAAGGCUGGUGCCCCUGUUGAUCAGACCAUCAAAACCCUUUCUGUUUACAUGGAAAAAGGAGACUGCAUUAUCGAUGGUGGUAACGAGUGGUAUGAGAAUACUGAGAGGAGAGAGAAACAAAUUACUGAAUUGGGUCUGCUUUAUCUUGGAAUGGGAGUUUCUGGUGGUGAAGAGGGUGCUCGUCAUGGACCCUCUUUAAUGCCUGGAGGUUCAUUUGAAGCUUACAAGUACAUCGAAGAUAUUCUUCUUAAGGUUGUUGCACAAGUUCCUGAUAGCGGCCCCUGUGUUACGUACAUUGGCAAAGGAGGGUCAGGCAACUUCGUUAAGAUGAUUCAUAAGUUUGCAAAGGAGGUAAUUGAUCGACAGUCGGCUUGGCGAAGAGUUGUCUGUCUUGCUAUUAAAUCAGGCAUCAGCACCCCUGGUAUGUCUUCAAGCCUUGCUUAUUUUGACACAUACAGGAGGGAAAGACUACCUGCUAAUUUGGUCCAAGCUCAAAGGGAUUACUUUGGUGCUCAUACGUAUGAGAGGACUGAUAUGCCUGGCUCCUUCCAUACUGAGUGGUUCAAGAUCGCUAAACGAUCGAAGAUUUAG